AUGCUGACAUAUCUAAGGAAGUGGCCCUUGCACCAGAUACUAUUUACUGGUGCAAACGCACUGAAACAGAUAUUCACUUUUUCCUUGGAAUUAGCUGGUGGACAAGGAAAUCCUGCUCUAGCCAAUGAAGCUACAGCAAUCGCCAUCAGUGUUUUGACACAAGACGUUGAUUGCUUUAAGCAAUGGGAUGUUCUCUACAAGGAGCAUCUUGAAGCUAGCGUUGCUCUUCUUAAAAAGCUUGUAGACGAAUGGAAGGAUCAUUCCCUCAAACUAUCAUCAUCGUCGAGUGAUACUCUCACUGUCAAGCAUGCUAUGAACAGCUUCAGGAUGAAGAACGAAAAAGCCAUCACUGAAGGAGUAGCCAAUCUUUCUCUUUACAAAGAAGCUGACCAGUCGUGCAAACUGAUCUCCAGGAGACUCUCACGUGGCCCCGGAAUAGCACCAUUAACCGCUAUGGUUAUAGCAGCUGGAGCAGCCGCUGCAGGAGAAGUUGUUGGUUGGAGCCGCACUUUAUCUAUCUUGCCAAUAUAG